AAUUAUUCUACAGUUACUAAAAAGAAGUAGUCUUCGCCCAUUAGGAGCUCUCCUCCAAUGAGUCGAGUGUUCAUCCCCGAAUCGGAGUUUGGCUUGGAUUGAAGUUAGAGUGAUCCGAACAAGUGUAGGCCUCGUGGAUUGCCGUUUUUGUAACGAAGUCGAGCCGGCUCGUUCCCUCUGAUAUAUCUCGGCGUCCGGUGAUCCCGAACUGCCAAAGCCCCAGUUUCACCAUGGAAUCCGCAUCCCCGUGCUCCUUCCCCGGCGACGCCGAGGCCGACGCCAUCGCCGUCGAGGAGGCCAUUACCACCCUGACGAAAGCCGACAUGGAGGAGUUGAUGCUCCACGUCCGCCGCUUCUAUGCCAUGCUGCACGGCAUCCACCCGCGCAAGCGUGUCCGCGCGACCUUCGUCAAGUACGAUCCAGCACGGCAGUCCACGGCGUUCAACUCAGGGCCGGCGGAGAUGCCGUUCGACCCACUGGCGCAGCACAAGCGCAGGUUCAGCCGGCCGCUGCCUCGCCCAUCCCGGUCGCGGCCGGUGCGGAGCUCGCCGCCUCGGCCGCUCCCACGGAGGGACCAAGACGACUGGAAGGCCCCGCCCUGCGUUGACAACCGGAAGAACCCCAGCAAGCGGCAACCGGCGUCGUCGGCUGGCGUGGGGACGCUGGACGAUCAGAUAGUCCGCAACUUCGGCAGGCUCGCCGAGGCGCUGGACGCCGCGGAGAAGGAGGCCUUCCUGAUACGGAACAAACCGGACGAGGGGUCCUCAGGAGGAGCACCUGUACGGGCAGCGGCCGGCAAGAGGGAGAGGCCGGUGGAGUUCGACUUCGACGAGCCGGAGCAGAGCGACGACCCCUUCGACCUCGAUCAGUUCAUGUCUAAGUUUGCUUGUUUGGGCAUGGAUGAUUUCGAUCUCGACGAACUGCUAGGAUCGAUGCUACAUAUCCGAUAGUAUGGUGAGGAUUCAGCCUGCAUGUGUUCAUUGCCGUAGUUGCUGCUGCUCGAUCCAGCUGAUGAUGCAACGGAAAGCCACAGUAAAGGAUGAUUUUGUCAAAAUACAUCGAAAGACGGUCCUAAUUGCCAGGACAGAGGAAUUAAGCAAGAUGCAUGGUACUGCGCUUGUGAUAAUUUCGAUAAGAGGAAUUAAGCAAUCUGCAUGGUACUGGCACGUCUGUUACUCCUUUUGCAAAUACAGCAAGGGAUGUGAUACUGUAACCAUUGUACUGAUCCUUUCUAAGAAAAAAAAUUGAGGUGGUUAUCAGAUUCUAGUUACGAUUCAUAGAGGAAACUUGC